CCUUUCUCUUUCUUUUUGUCGAUUUUUUUUCCCAUACUCUCUUUUCCAGACACCGACAAUGACAAGUUGUCCGGUCUACCACAAUCGACGACUGGUUCACUAAGCUCAAUCAUCACGACGUCCAUAGCAUCCUCAGAACCAGAUCCUGGCACGGGUGGUGGUCGUGGUCGUGGAAGUAGUGGUGGCGGUGGCGGCGGUGGCGGUGGUGCAGGCGGUGGUGGCAGCAGCAUCGGUGCAUUAGACGCGAGCAGUAUCGCCGGUGUGCCUGGUAGCAGUGAUGAGAAAUUGGCGCUAAAUCGACCGGGCAUUAAACAGGAGAAAUGGUCCUCAAUACUGUUGCAGGUGUCGAUACCGUUCUUUUUGGCUGGCGUUGGUACAAUCGGUGCGGGCAUUAUACUCGGGCGUGUAGAGAAAUGGCGUGUCUUCAAAGAGAUCACCGAACUAUUCAUUCUCGUGCCGGCAUUGCUUGGCCUCAAGGGCAAUCUCGAUAUGUGCCUCGCAUCACGUCUAUCGACACAGGUCAAUUUGGGCAAUAUGACCACGCGUAAGGAAGUCAUCAAAAUGAUUGUCGGCAAUAUUGCAUUGGUGCAAGUNUGGUUUCAAACUCACUUAUGGAUCACAUUUGUUAUAGUCGCUUGUUAUUUAGUGCUUUUACCUAUGUGGGUAGCUAUUGUGCUCAAAAAUAAAUAUACGCGGUCGGUACUGAAGAGUGGCUGGGUGCCGGUACUCUCGGCGCUAUGUAUUAGUGGCCUCGGCGGUCUCGUGCUUGAUGCUGCUGUGGAAAUAUUCGAUGGCUUUGUUGUCUUUCAACCGAUUAUCAAUGGUAUUGGUGGUAAUUUGGUAUCGGUGCAAGCGAGUAAAAUCUCAACCAUGCUGCAUCAGAGUUCCAUUAUUGGCAUCAUUCCGCCGCAUACGAAAAUCUUCGAGUGGCCAUGGAAGGCGCUUUUCAAAGGAGUUCCCUAUGCUAAAACGGCGCGUAUUCUCCUUGGCAUGUCGAUUCCCGGUAAUGUUGUGUUCGUGUUUGUUGCCGAUUACAUACACAUGUCAACAACGACGGUUACCUUUGCUUUCGUAGCGGCAUUCCUCUUGGCGAGCUUAAUACAGGUUAUGUUGCUAUUGUAUAUUGCGCACGUCAUUGUGCACGCCAUGUGGAAAUGGAAAAUCGAUCCCGAUAACUCGUCGAUUCCGUAUCUGACAGCUUUGGGCGAUCUGCUCGGCUCGAGUUUGUUGGCACUGGCCUUUAUCUUCUUACUUUCUAUAAAUCAAGAAUAUGGAGCCGAUCUGAAUCAGCUCAAUGCAUCGAAUUGAACAUUGCAAAAACAAAAACAAGGGGAAAAAGAACACAAUAAACUCUAAUAAAUGAGUGUGAGGCUUUAAAUGAGAAGUACAUAUGUAUAUGCAUAAAAAAAGACUUAAAAUAUUUGCGAUGAAAGUUAAAAGAAGUAAAAGCGAGUUAUGAAAGCGAAGGCGCGAUGAGCCAUCAUCAACAAAAUACACUAAACAACCAAACAACCUUCAGUACGUACCUAAAGAGCACUAAUUUAUUUUUGUAAGCCAUAAAUAUAAAAACAAUAAUAAGAUAAUUAAAUAAAAUCAUUAAAAAUCGAUGAUUAUGCUAUGUACUAUAUGUAUGUAUGUAAAAAGUUAUUUAAAAAUAUUUAUUUUAAAACGAAAUGCUACAUGUUGCGGGUAGAUAUAUAAAAUAUAUAAAUAAAAGAAAUUGAAAGGGGUACAAAAUUAAACGAAUUGUAUGUGCGACUAACUAGUUAUUUUUAAUAAUUUUAAUUUAGCAUAUUAUUAAGAAAGCGUCAACACAAAUGCCAGGCAAAUUAAGCAUAAGAAACAAAUUGCAUGGGAAUUUGUUUUAUAAAAAUUAUACAUACAUAAGUUUUCUGAAAUGUUUGUGUUUUCCAAGCGCAAAAAUUUCAAACGUAUUUAGUAAAAAAUAUUCGAUACAAAAUGUUUAUGGGACACUUGAACGCAUUGGAUACGAACAAAUAUUAAA